CUUAUUCUGAAACCCCGCGAAACGUGGACACGUGAUCUGAUCCUGGAGGUCUUGCAAACUCUUCGUUCGUUUUUGCCGUUUUGUUUCUGCGGGGGUAUUUUUUGGUUUAAAUAUAGUCAAUAUGAUGGAUGUGGACAUUGAUGAGGAAUUGAGGGAAGCUGAACGCCAAUAUUUGGAUUUUCUUGAUGAUGAAGUCACAGACCAAGGUGUGUAUUCUGCGUUGGUUAGAGAAAUGAUUGAGAAGGGAAGAUCCCGAAUUGUUGUUAACAUAAACGAUCUCCGGCGACGAAAUAAUGUGAGAGCUAAAAAGCUUUUGGAUAAUGGUUUUGAUGAGCAUGGUGCUUUUCAACGUGCUCUGAAAAAUUAUGUUGCUUCCAUCAACACUGAAUAUGUAAAGCAACACGAGGAGUUUUUUGUUGGAUUUGAGGGAAGUUUUGGGUCAAAGCAUGUAACUCCUCGUACCCUAACAGCAUUGUAUCUUGGUAGCAUGAUAUGCCUUGAAGGCAUUGUUACGAAGUGCUCACUUGUUAGACCAAAAGUUGUUCGUAGUGUUCAUUAUUGCCCCGCUACUAAGAAGACUUUAGAAAGAAGAUACACUGAUAUGACCUCUACAACACCUUUUGUAUCAAGUUCUGUGUACCCAACUAAAGACGAAGAAAAUAAUCCAUUGGAAACCGAGUUUGGAUUAUCAGUUUACAAAGAUCACCAGACCUUGACUGUGCAAGAGAUGCCUGAAAAAGCUCCAGCGGGACAACUUCCUCGAUCAGUGGAUAUUGUUGUUGACAAUGAUUUAGUUGAUCUCUGUAAGCCUGGUGAUCGUGUCCAAGUCCUUGGAAUAUUUAGAUGUCUACCUGGUAAAAAACAAGGCCAUACUUCUGGUGUUUUCAGAACUAUCUUGAUUGCAAAUCAUGUAAAACCUCUUAGCAAAGAGGUUAUACCAAUGUUCUCAACCGAUGACGUUGUUAAAAUAAGGAAAUUUGCAAACCAAAAAGGUGCUGACCCGUUUGAAAUUCUUGCCCAUUCGUUAGCUCCCUCUAUCCAUGGCAAUGAAUAUAUCAAAAAAGCUGUGCUCUGUAUGUUACUUGGCGGUACAGAAAAAAUUUUGCCAAAUGGAACAAGACUUCGUGGCGAUAUAAAUGUUUUGCUGAUAGGUGAUCCAAGCACAGCCAAAUCACAAAUGUUGAGAUAUAUUUUGCAUACAGCACCACGAGCUAUAACAACUACUGGUCGAGGAACAACUGGUGUUGGAUUAACUGCUGCAGUGACUUCAGAUGAAGAGACGGGGGAACGCAGACUUGAAGCUGGUGCUAUGGUAUUAGCUGAUCGUGGAGUUGUGUGUAUUGAUGAAUUCGAUAAAAUGAGUGACAUAGAUCGUACCGCAAUUCAUGAAGUAAUGGAACAAGGAAGAGUCACUGUGGCAAAAGCUGGCAUACAUGCAAAGUUAAAUGCUCGAUGUAGCGUGUUAGCAGCGGCAAAUCCUGUUUAUGGUAGAUAUGACCAGUACAAGACUCCUAUGGAUAACAUUGGAAUGCAGGAUUCUUUAUUGUCUAGAUUUGACUUGCUUUUUAUUGUUCUUGAUCAAAUGGACCCAGAAAAUGAUCAAAGAAUAUCAGAUCAUGUGCUUAGAAUGCAUCAAUAUCGUGCAUCAAAUGAACAAGAUGGCGACCCAAUGCCAAUAUCGAUUGGUGCAGAUAUUUUGUCCACAGAUGAUCCAGACUGCGAACAGAACAAAGAUCAAGAAACGCCAGUAUAUGAAAAACAUAAUAAAUUGCUGCAUCGUGGAUCUGGCAAAAAAUCUAAAAUGGUGAGUAUUGCCUUUAUGAAGAGAUAUGUUCAUGUGGCAAAAAUUAUAAAGCCUACUUUGACAAGAGAGGCUGCAGAAUGUAUUGCAGAAGAAUACACCAAACUCAGAUGUCAAGAUCAAGAGAAUAGUGAUGUAGCCAGAACCACACCAGUCACUGCUCGUACUCUUGAAACUUUAAUUCGUCUUUCAACUGCGCAUGCCAAAGCACGUUUGUCCAAGAAAGUAACUUUGAAAGAUGCUCAUGCUGCUAUUGAGCUUGUGCAAUAUGCUUAUUUUCAUAAAGUGAUGGAAAAAGAAAAGAAGAGGCGAAGAAAGACUCACGAUAGCGACAGUGAAGAUGAAGUCAUUGAAAGUCAAAAUACCUCAGUCCGCAAGAGGAGAAAGCGUGGGGAUGGGAAUGAAACCACUGGAGAUCCAAAUGACCCAUAUAAUUUUGAUUCGGCCGAAGAAGACACACCUGAUGUCAGUGCUGUGGGUCGUCCUUCGCAACAACAGUCAACUGUUGAUGUUUCAAUGGAGGACAGUGAGCGUUCCACAACUGCUAUUGAUGAACAGAAGAUGAAUAAAUUCAAGAAGUCACUUUUUGCCAAAUUUGAAGUUGAACACACACAAAGCCUGCCCACAGCUGCCAUUGUUGAAUGGGUCAACAAGGAUAGUCAGGAGUUUUCCAAGGACGAUGUUGACACCUGUCUUUCACAAAUGCAAGACAGCAAUCAAGUGAUGUAUACGGAUGACACUGUAUUCCUCAUUUAAAAUCCAGGGGAAUACAUUCAAUUUCCAGAAUGUGUACAUCAAUAAACAUAUUGAACCUUGGAAACAAGAGACAAUUUACCAUUUCUUUUUACUUUAUAUGCCAUCAUGUUUGCUUUCUGCUGUUGAAUUUGUUAUCCAUAGCUCUUUCGUAAAUGUUCCAAAUGUAAAUCUGUACAGAUAGUUUUGUUAUUGUGAAACUUAUACGCAGUG